AUGGUUCAUCUGUCUUCCAUCGCUACGGCGGCUCUGGCAUUUGCCAGCGCUGUCAACGCCGCCUGUGGUGACGGCAGCCCUCAGGCUACUGUCACUGGCUCUGGCACCUAUACCGCCAGGGUCGGCGGAUCCAGCGUCUACUCUGGAUCCGACUAUCGUCUUGCCAUUCAGACGGCCCUUGAUCGCAUCAGCAGCGGUCAGCGUGUUGUCGUUUCUGCCUCGGGUAGCAUCGGCGCCAAUACUCUUACCAUCACCAGCGGGAAGACGUUUGAGGUCUGCGGCACCAUCAACGUCUCCACCAGGUCCGGCCGUGGCGCCAUUGAGGUCACCAACCAGAAUGAUGUCAAGAUCCCUUACCUCAAGAUGACCGGAAACCCCUACUUCGGUCUUCGCUUCUCGGGCACCAAGAACCUGAACCUGGGUGAGAUCACCAUGAACCUCAGUGGCGGUAUCGGCAUCCGUUUCGACCGAGAUCUUGCCGCCAACUCCAACGUCAAAAUGGGUACCAUCACCGUUACCGGCGCCGGCAGCCACGCCGUUGAAACCUGGAACAUUGACGGCCUGACCAUCGGCUCCGUCAUUGCCCGCGAUUGCGGCGAGUGCGGUCUGCUCCUCCAGAAGACCACCAACGCCCAGGUCGGCUACGUUGAGGGCAACAACGUCGGCACCGGAACCGGCUAUGCCACCCUUCGCUUCGCCAACAACAACGGACAGCUCUCCAACGGCCAGUACACCACGACCAACGUCUUCAUCGACAAGGUUUACUCACGAGGCGGCGGCCGCGGUAUCUUCUGCGUCUCCAUGUCCGGUGCUGCCGAGAUCAAGCAGAUUGAUCUCGCCAACAACGGAAACAACGCUAUCCUGAUUGAGAACUGCUACAACCUUGCUAUCCGAGACGGAACCGUCAACGGCGGAGGAGAGGUGCGCGUUGCUGCUCGCAGCGAGUUCCCCAACAACAGCGGUAUCUAUGUCAAGGCCAAGAUUGACAACACCUCUGUUCGGGAGUCUCCUUGUGCCGAGAACAUUUUCUGGGGCAUCACUGGCAAUGCUGCCAAGAACGUCUGUUAA